UUGAGCCAGUUUGGCCACACGGUGGGUCUCACUGACGUCACCCCUCCAUAUAAAGCCCCGCACUCGGCUGUUGUUUUUCAGACAGCACUGCGGUAUCUUCACAGGACGUGGAGGGUUUCAGCCACCCAAAUCUUUUCAAAUGGGCCCCGUCGCCUAGCGUUUCCUCCCCAAAGCCUCCGACUGAGUUGCGCAGGGUGCUAUAACAACAUCAGCACGCAGAGAAAGAAGGUUACCAUCUAAGGACCGGUUUAGACGUCUGGAGCAUGGCAGCAAUCCCAGCCAGCGGUUCUCUUGUAGCCACCCAUGACUACUACCGAAGGCGCCUGGGCUCUACCUCAAGUAGCAGCUCAUGUGGCAGUUCAGAGUACAGCGGGGAGGUUAUUCCACAUCACCCAGGCCUGCCCAAGCAGGACUCUGGUCACUGGUGGUCGAGUUUCUUCUUUGGGAAGCACAACCAGCCAGGCAUGGGCACCCUGACUGAAGAGGCACAGCAGAAGUCAGGGGUGAUGAGUGUCGGUGACGGGCAGGUUAUGUGCAUUGCCCGGGAUAUGGUGAUGAAGAGGCAGGCCAGCGAGAGCAGCGAUGCUGGGAAGUCGGAGGCGGGGAGCUCCCCCCCUUCUUGAGUCCAGCUUAGGGGACCAACGCUAGGGGACGGAAAUGGCUCUGUUUUUUUUAUUUUUCCAUCUGUAGAAUAGGCUGCUUUUAGCAUUUGUUCCUUUUGUAUCCACCAUUUUAUAUGUUUGACCUGAAAUAAAAUUUAAAGUGAAGGUUUUUUUGUACAUUUUUACACAUCUGUAACACUGUGGUUGAUUUUUAAAAAUGUUUUUGUUACUUAUCUCCACUGUCACCCUGUGUUCACAGAAACAAUAAAAGUCUUAAGCAGCCAAA